AUGGACACCAACGUUCUCGCCACCGUCGCCGCUACCACCAUCGGCACCACCACCGGCACCACCACCGGCACCACCACCGGCACCACCACCGGCACCGGCACCAGCACCAGCAUCAACACCGACACCGGCGCUACCACCACCGGCAAUGGCACCGGCACCGCCACAGCCGCCAACCUCUCCGUGGCCGCUACCGCCACAGCCGCCAUCGCCAUCGCCGCCGCCAACCACUGCCACCUAUCUCGGUGCCCGUGCGGGGCCAUCCAUCUCUGUUCCCUGCCCCCAGCUGACCCCGCUGCUAUGGAGGGGGCCGCCUUGCUGGGGUGGGUGAACGAAGAGGAUGCUGGCCGCCGACUGACUCGGGAGCGGUGGUUGCGAUACCGGCGGAUGGUGGUGGGGUGGGUAGGCUUCAUGGCCUUUUCGUUCUCCAUCGUCGUUAUAGGCUGGAGCUAG